CCUCUGUGGUCAGUGGGGCUUGCUUGACCCACGGGGGAUGAGCUGCUGUGGCUUAGCUCUGACACCUCCAGCCAAGAAUGUGGUGGUGUAUCGCAACGGUGACCCCUUCUUCCCCGGGAGGAAGUUUGUAGUGAACCAGCGGCGGUUUCUGACCUUUGAGGCGUUUCUGAACGAGGUGACCAAGAGCAUUCGCGCGCCCUUGGCUGUGAGGAACCUCUACACACCCAGGCACGGCCACCGCGUCGCUGAGCUGGGGGACCUGCAGGAUGGGUGCCAGUACGUGGCUGCGGGCUUUGAAAAGUUCAAAAAGCUCAACUAUUUAAAUCACGGAGGGAAGGAGCUCCGUGGGAGAAGGAACCGCGAGGGUCUGCAGUUCCGCACUGUAGCUCCCUCGAAGUCGAACGUCUUGGCGCGACGGCAGAAGCACACUCACCUGCCCUGCACAAUACAUGUUUUCCGGAAUGGGGAUUUGCUGAGCCCUCCUUUCCCACUGCCGCUCUCCAAGAGCACUCCACUGCAGUGGGACACACUCCUGGCCACGCUGACAGAGAAAGCUGACCUGCGCAGCGGAGCUGUUAACAAGCUCUGCAGGCUGGACGGAACCCAGGUGUCCGGUGGGGAGGAGCUGGUGAAUGGCGAUUACUACGUGGCAGUGGGAAAUGAGGAGUACAAAAGACUGCCUUACUUUGAGCUGCUGGUGCCCCAGGAUUCUCCAUGCAGGACUCUGUGGCACAGUCUACAGACAAAUCACAAAAGACUGUGGCAAAGAAAAGGGAUGCCAGUGACUCUGAGGAUGAAAAGCACCGAACGAUGUUGCCCUUGGCAGCAAAGAGCUCUGAAGAGUGCACAAAGGGAGUGUGAUGGGAGAAGAGGGACGGUUAGGUACACAGCUAUCUGCACAGCUCCAGAUAACAAAAGCAUGUGAAUCCUAGAUUUCUGUAACAUCCUCAUCAUCUAGGCUUGAGAAGCAGAGUAUCGGUGAGCAAUGAAUCAGAUGCACAAUGCUGUUAAAAAAUGAAGAUCUUCCCCCUUUCCUCAUCUCUAUGGUGUGAUGAUGUGGCAGAGGAGAUGGCUGCUUUUCUGAAUUCUAAUUAAGCUGGUUUGUAUCUGAACUUGGGAAGGGAGAAUUACCAAAUAGAGUACACGCCUUUAUAACAAAAUGUCUGCCAGGAAGUUUGUUCUAUGUCAGAUACUUCUUAUAAAGAGAUUUUAUCGCAUCAUUGUCCCUCUGAUUUGGAAUGCUUGGAUAAUGUUUGCAGCAAUCAAACCUGUUCCCAAAACUAUAUAAAUUUUAUUUCUGUUAACUUGUUUUAGGAGCAUCUGCCUGAUUUAGGAAAAGUCAUAGUAAUAAAGAGCUCUUGUAUUAA